AUGUUUGAAAUAUUAAAAGAAUGGCUUAUUUGCAAACUCGGAUUAAAUUUUUGUUUGAGUUUAAGCUAUGAUAAUAUAGGAGAAAUAUUUAAAGAUGGUGUUCUAUUUGCACGUUUACUACAUAUAUACCAAGUGUUACCUGAUCAGUACAUUGAAUGUUUUAAAAAAAAUAAUUUUUAUACUGUAUGUUUGAACAACAUAAAAAGUAUUAAUGUAUGGUUGCAGUAUUUAAAUAUUAAAAUCGAGGAUAAUGUUAUUCAAGAAAUAGCUCAUGGAAAAUCACCUGCAGUAAUAUACCUUUUAUACCAAUUGUACUUAAAACUAGAAGAGAAACCAUGCCAAGUACCGGAUGAUAUAAACAAAAAAGAAAAUGUACAAUUCAAUAAUAAUGUAAUGACCAACUCAUGUAAAAUUAGUAGUAUUCAAAGGAACCUAAGAAGUAAACCUAAGGAAAAAGUCUGGAAAAAAUCAUCAAACUUGAAUACUGAAAAAUGGAAUGUUCUCAAAUUAUUUUGUUGCUUAGAAGGAACACAGUAUACUGCUAUUGAUAUACUAAAAUCAAACAAACGUAUCAAAGGUAGUAUUUUAGAUUUUAUACAAAAUAAUAUGAACUGCUUUUAUAAUUUAUUGAUCAACAACUUGAAUGACAAAUUCUUUGAAAAUGAAAUCACAGACAAAUCAAAUCAAAUUUGUAGAUGUAUAAUUGUUGAUAAUUUAAAUUUAACGGACGGAAAUAAUGUAAGUAUUGAUGAAUUCGACAGUAACAAUACAAAACUGAUAAACAAUUUAAAUUUGGAAAUUAAUAUUAAUAAACAAAAUAUAUUAGUGACACAGUUAGAUAGUGCAUCUCAAAUUGUACAAAAUAAUAAAAAUGUAUCAGAUAAUUUGUAUCUAUCACGAGAAGAAUUGAAAAAUGAAAAUUUAAUGGGUUCAAAAAUAAAUGAAUCCUCAACAACACAAGGUAUUGAUGACCAUGAAAACAUACAUUUUGUGAAACAAAAUAUUUUUAAUGAAUAUACACAACAUUCGGGAGUGUGGUCAAAUGAAUAUUUGAAUUCUGAACAGUUUGAAUGUAAACAACAUAUGCUUUCAAUGAUUGUAACAGAAAUUAUAAACUUUGACAACAGUAAAACUGAAAUUAAAUGUAUGGAUAUAAAUAAGACAAGUAUAGCUGGGGUGAUUGAUGUGAUGCAAAAUACAACAGUAGUAAAAUUAAUUAAGUAUAUCCUUGGAACCAAACGAAUAUUAAAUUUUACUACAAACGAUGCAAUAAAUGCUUGUUUGGAUGCCUAUAAAAAAGAACUGGAAAUUUCUCUUAAUAAAGGCGAAUUAUAUCAAGUUUUGGACAAUGAACAACAUGCUAUUACAAAAAAUCAAAGCAAUAAUCUAACAUUGGAAAAAAAUUCAAAUUCAAAUAAAAGUGGUAUAAAUAUUUUCAAAUGGUUAAUAUAAAGUAAUUAAAACAAAAUCAAUACAAUUACUUUUUUAAUUGUAUUCUAAUAAUAUCGAAAUUAAAGCAAUCCAUAUUAUUUUAGAGUAAUAUCCCAGUAGAUAUGUCAUAGGAAAACUAUUUUAAUUAUUGGACUAUUAAUUUAAAUUUAAAUGGGUAAACAUAUUAUAAAAUUAGGUAGGUACGUUAUAUUAUUUAUUUAUUUAUUUUUUAUAUAUUAUAGAUCUAGAUCCAAUUACAAAUGCUAAGUAUCGAUUUACAACUUAAUUAGGUGACAAGUUGAACAAACAAAAGAAAAAAGAAAAAAUAAUGAAAAUAGAGAAUUUAAUAAAAAAUAUAACAAUAAAAUAAGAUAAAGUGAUAACAAAAAAAAAAAAAAAAACAAUAUUUAUAGGAAAAAUUAAUUAAGAAAAAAUAUGAAUUAUGAAAAAAGAUUAAAAGUAGAAUUGACAGAGUUACUGUUAGUAAUAGCUAGUUAUUUAUUUAUUUAUAAUUGGCGAUCAAACGAAGGAGGGGAUCGUUAUUUGCUGUCCACAUUAAACGUUUGAUGGCAGAAUUUUCGAGGAAAUUUGUAGAGGAGAGUGGUAUAUGGAAUGAUGGGGUAUGGGUGCGAGUGAAUCGAAAUGGGACUUUAAAGUUGAUGAGAAAUAGGAGAGUAGGAGAACCAAUUUUUCCGCUAAGGAUAUUACAUAGGAAAGAAAUAUUACACGCCUGCCUACCAUCCGCAAAUCUUAGAAGACCCAGAGUAUACAAGACAGUAAUCACGGGGAGGACAAGGAACUUAGAGUCAGUACGCAAUAGCAUAGAGAAACCUUCGCUGAAAACGCUCGCUCAUAGCGCUGAACAAUGCAGGAUCUGGGUCUCACAAUACACUACCAUACUCAACAAUAGGCCGUAUCAAGACCAUAUUGAAGCUUGUAGCUAUCGUGGAUGAAAUUUUUUUUAAGAAAAAUUUUCAUAUCGUCAGAAAUAAGAAGAUUUGCGUGGGAAAGUACUGAAGAAGCAGGACUCACAAAUAAGGCAAAAAGAAGUGGAGAUAAAUCAGCACCCUGUGGGACAUCUGACAAAAGGGUGAAGAAGAAAGAGUUAAAGAGUUAA